AUGACACCCAUGGUGCAUCUGUUGUUGCUCCCACUCCUGUUCAGCAUUACUGUUGGAAGGAAUCUGGAGGAAAAGAAAGGCCUAUUUAAGAACACGGAUCUGGAUGUGCCAGAGGGGACACCUGUGCCAUAUCCCAUGCAUCAGUUUCAGGUGACCCAUCCAGGUGUUAAUAAUUUCAGGCUGAGUGGGGAAGGUAUGACAGACAUUAAGAUUUCAAAGGACGGGUGGCUGUACCUGGAGAAGCCUCUGGACUGGUCUAGAAAUGACCAUUACAUGCUCAUGGUGGAGGCUUUGGAAGAUAAUGAAGUUGUUGAGGGCCCAAUUGAGUUGAUCAUACACGUGGUGGACAUCAACAACAACGCUCCAUACUUCAACGAGAGUGACUACACAGCUGUGGUUAGAGAAAACAAUCCAGCAGGAGUCCCAUUUACCCGCGUGUUUGCAAUGGAUCACGACGACCCACAGACUCCCAACGCUCAUCUGAGUUACAGCAUUGUCAGCCAGAUCCCCAACAAACACAAUGUCAUCCUGUUCCAGAUCGACCCUAACACUGGAGUGAUAUCCACCACAGAAGAAGGGCAACAUGCGCUAAAGGCCAGAGAAGGCAUCCAGUAUGGCAGAGGAGAAGAUCGGAGCAUUGACGCUCUGAAGACAAAGUUUAAUGAUUACUGUUCAAUGCAGCAGGUCCCCUAUGAAGAAAACCCCUUCUUCACCUGUGUGGAAAGAGCAGAAAUGAGGAGGAGGAAUGUGAACCCCCUGGAGGACCCAGACUUCACCCUGACUGUGCGCGUGCAGGACCUGGGAGGAGCGUCAGAAACCGCGCUGAGUGGACACGCCAGAGUGCACAUUGUUGUGCAGCAAAACCUGUGGGUCAAUCCCGGGCCGAUAACCAUUAAAGAGAACUUAAAGGAAACUUACCCUAUGGUCAUCGCGAAGGUCCAGUCUAAUGAUCCUGAUGCUGUCUACACUUUAGUGCAGAAAGAGCGAGAGCUGAAAUUCCCCUUCCAGAUCACAGAAGAUGGAGAAAUACAUCUGACGGAGGAGCUGGACAGAGAAGACAAGGACAUGUACAUCCUGGUGGUGAUGGCGGAUAACAAUGGCAAACAGGUGGAUCCACCCAUGGAGAUUCAAGUCUUGGUGGAGGACGUGAAUGACAACAAACCAGUGUGUGAAAAUGAGGAGAGUAUUUUUGAGGUGCAGGAGGAUGAGCCAGUAGGCAGCCUGAUAGGAAAGCUGUUGGCCCAUGACAACGAUGAAGAAGGCACACUGAAUGCUCAUCUGAUUUACAGCAUCCUGUCCCAGAAUCCACCCACCACACCCAGCGUCUUCACCAUUGACGCUGCUUCUGGAAGAAUUCAGGCUCUGCGCUCCCUGCAGCGAAAAGUCCAGCAGGUGUAUACUCUCAAUGUCAGAGUCAACGACCCAGUUUUCAGCACAGAAUGCAAGGUCGUCAUCAAGGUCAUUGACGUCAACAAUGAGAUGCCUGUGUUUGAGAAGAAUGACUAUGGCAAUCACUCUCUAGCAGAGGACACUCCUGUGGGUCACACAGUAUUGACCAUCAGAGCAACAGACGCUGAUGACCCAGACAGUGGCAGCUCCCUUAUCGAGUUCCGCAUCUCCGCUGGCAACGACGAUGACGUUUUUUCUGUGGAAACCGACGGCAAUGGCAUUGGUCAUCUGGUCAUAGUUCAGCCUCUGGACUUUGAGUCCUCUCCCACCCGCAAGCUCCAGAUUGAUGCUCGUAACCCAGAGCCGCUGAUGGAAGGUCUUAAGUACGGCAGUGAAUCAACAACCUUUGUCACUGUAUCUCUCACUGAUGUGGACGAGGCUCCAGAGUUCAGCAUGGACAUCCUGGAUGUGACUGUGCCUGAAAACAUCACCAAGGGAUCUGUCCUGCUCAUGGUGGAGGCAAAGGAUCCAGAGGGAAAAGAGAUCGGUUUUAAGUUGGAUGGUGACACUCAGGGCUGGCUGGAGAUCGAUGCUGCCACAGGACAGAUAAAGACCAAAGAUAAGCUGGACAGAGAAACCCUGGAGACUUUCAAAGUCACCGUCACUGCAUUUGAGAAGGAGAACCCGGAGAAGUCUUCAGAGCGUGUCGUGUCUGUGAGGCUGCUGGAUGUGAAUGACAACGUCCCCAAACUGACAGAGUCCCAGGCCUUCAUCUGUGUGGCAAAAAAUGAACCUGUCAUCAUCAAGGCCGAAGAUGGAGACAGUUUCCCCUUCUCCCAGCCCUUCACUUUCACCUUGAGUAACGGCAAGAAAUCUCCCAACUGGGAACUCAAGAACAUUGACGGUACAACAGCUCACCUGAUCCUGAAGAAAAAAACUACUGAAGAUAAAACCUUCAUGCUCCCCAUUAACAUUAAAGACAAUGCAGGCAUGGGAGUCACACAGGCGUUUCAGGUGAGAGUAUGUAACUGCACAGUGCUGGGCUACUGCUACAUGGCACCAGAGGAACGUAACUUGAGUUAUGGAUUGGGAACCACCAUCGGGAUCCUGGCUGGCAUUAUAGGAUUCUGCAUUAUUCUUUUCAUCAUAGUGAUCAAAUCCAUAGAGAAGGCGAACAAGAAGAAAGCCUUGGCUGAAGAGAGAAACGCCAUGAUGUAGAGACUACACACAGACAAACACUGACAUUUAUUCUUACUUGUGAGGACCCUCACUGACAUAAUGCAUUAAUUGUCUGACCUUAAUGGUCAUGUCUACGCCUAGCCUGCACCUGAACCCUCAAACCAAGUUUUACCCCAAACCUUUUUAACUCCUUGACGCCUGAAUUUAUUUACAAUCAUAUAAGAAAAUUUAUUAUUUUUGAUUUCAUUUGCUUUCAAGCUGAU